ACUAAUCUAUCCCGCAUUAAGAGAUCACACGCACAUGUGAUCACUCCGCUGAUGUUAUCACCACUUUCUCACGAGUUAAUCAUUAAUUGAGCUGCUGCAAUGAUUACAUCGCUCUGUGUUUUAAUGUGUCCAUUUGCAGUCUAAGUGGAUUUGAGCAGUGCAGAUUCACAAUGGCAGCUCUGCGUGCAGCAAAACAAGCUUUAAGGAGAGAAAUCAAGGGUCGAGUGGCUGCAGUGAGCGAUCAGGAGAAACUCAGACAGUCUCGAGUUGUCUCACAAAAGUUGUUCAGGCAUCCCAAAUACCUGUCCAGCCAGCGGGUCGCUGUCUUCCUGAACAUGCAUGAUGAGGUGCGCACAGAGGACAUCCUCCAGGACAUCUUCAAGAGGGGCAAAGUGUGCUUCAUUCCCAGAUACUUCACCAAGAGCAGUCAUAUGGACAUGUUACGACUUCAGGACAUGGAGGACAUGAACACUCUGCCCCUCACGUCCUGGAACAUCCGGCAGCCAGCAGACCAGGACACAGACAGAGAGGAAGCCCUAGAUACAGGAGGACUAGAUCUUAUCCUCAUGCCUGGGUUGGGAUUUGAUAAGAACGGGAAUCGGCUUGGCAGAGGAAAGGGUUUCUACGACACGUAUCUGGAGCGCUGUAAGGCACACCCGAAGGGAAAGCCGUACACCAUUGCCUUGGCUUUCAAAGAGCAGCUGUGUGCUGAAGUCCCAGUGGGUGAACAUGAUAUUCUUAUUGAUGAAGUCAUCUAUGAAGAUGAGUGAAGAACUGGACCUUGAUUUCAGCUCUGCUGAACGUCAUUUGAAUUCAAAUGAUUCCUAACAGCAUUGAUCCUGUUGCUGAAUGAAAUGCAUUAAAUCUUUUUGGAAGAAAUCUAUAUUCUCAAAUCAUAUUAUGGUUGCAGACUCUUUUCUGAAAAGCCUAGAAGAGAGUAUCUUGAUCAGUUGAAGAUUUACCAAACUCACUCUUAAAAAUAAUGGUUCUUUAUAUUGGUAUAAUGAACCUUUAAAAUCCAUGGAAUGAAAGUUGUGAUAGUCGAGUGAAAUAGCUUCUCAAACAAGAAAAGAUAUUAGGUGGGACUUCUGGAAUUGAUUGGAUGGUUGUGGGUUGCUAUACAGGAUGGGAUGAGGGUGAGUAAACAACAGAAUGACAGAAGUUGGGUGAACAUUUGCCUGAUCCAUUCUUGAUUUCAUGUUUGUAUCACGUUCCUGAAAUGCUUUACAUCAGGCAUGUCUAAACUCGGUUCUGGAGGGUCACUGUCCUGCAGAGAUUAGCUCCAACUUUCCUCAACACACAUUUCUAGCAUAAGACCUUGAUUAGCUGGUUCAGGUGUGUUUAACUGGGGUUGGAGCUGAACUCCGCAGGACAGUGACCCUCAAGGACCGAGUUUGGACACCCCGGCUUGUAGUCUAUAUCUCCCAGUCUUUUAUAUGGGAUCUGCUCAUGGAGGACUAGUCAAUCUCUGGCCAAAAUAUAUUGGCUGAUUUUGGCUAAAAGAAGUCUUUGCUCUACUCUAAUUUGCAUUUGAAUAAAAUUUGUUAGAAACUGC